UAGAGUGUAUUCCCUGUCUUCAGGGCAUCACUCUGUCCUAGAGUGUAUCCCUGUCUUCAGGGCAUCACUCUGUCCUAGAGUGUAUCCCCAUCUUUGAUUGCAUCACUCUGUCCUAGGGUGUAUCCCUGUCUUCAGGGCAUCACUCUGUCCUAGAGUGUAUAACUCUCUUCAAUGGCAUCACUCUGUCCUAGAGUGUAUUCCCUGCCAUAGGGUUUACCACUCUGUCCCAGAGUACAUCCAUCACUCAUGACUCUGUUCUAGAGUACCUCCAACACUCUGUCCUAGAGUGCCUCCAUCAAUCUGGCAUCACUCUGUCCAAGAGAGCAUUGCAUUUCUUUGUCUUGGUUUUGCAUCACUCUGUCCUAGAGUGUAUUGAUAACUCUGUCCAGGAGUACCUCUAUCUCUCAUGACUCUGAUCUUUCAUUCAUCACUUAUGACUCUGUCCUAGAGUGCCUUCAUCACUCUGUUCUGGGGUGCAUCACUCUGUCCCAGAGAGCAUUGGUUUUUUUCACUCUGUCCUAGAGUGUAUUGAUCACUCUGUCCAAAAGUGUGUCACUCUGUCGUGGGGUUGCAUCUCUCUGUCCUAGAGCCUGUGGUAGAAUCGUUGUAUUAUUCUGGUGUGAAUUAGUUGAAGUAUAUGUUGAAAGAGAAGACUGUAAAAGAUAAAGGUGUAUCUAGAAAGAAGAAAAGUAAACAACAAGCACCUGUUGUUAAAGAAGAAGAGGAUUCUACAAGCGACGAUGAUGAUGAAAGAGACAAUAAAUACAUACGUAAAAUACCUAAAAGUUCUAUCAAAUCGGAAGGAUCAAAACAGACAGAUAGCUCUGAGUCAUCUGAUGACGACGAUGAUGACGAUGAUGAUGAUGAAAUCAAAGAAGAAUUGGGCAACAAAAGAAAAAAGACAACACAAGUGGAAGUACCAAUUAAAAAAAUAAAGAAGGAAGAUGAUGAUGAUGAUGAUGAUGAUGAUGAUGAUGAACCAAUUAAAAAAAUAAAGACGGAAGAAAUACCGUCGAUUUUUCUUGGUGGAUUAAAUAAGGAGACAACCGCGGAAACUAUCGAGGAGUAUUUAACGAAGAAAGGUAUCACAGUUACAGAAGUUAGGAAAAAGAAAGGAAAAAGGUUUGGUCACUGUGAUUUAGCUAGCGAAGAUGAUCUGCUGAAAGCUAUAAAACUCAAUAAAAAAGAUCUAGAUGGCGCGGAAGUAGAAAUUAAGAAGGCCACUGGUCCUAGACCUGUUUCUUCUGAUGGAAAACCGCGAAGGGGUAAAGUAGGAAAGAAAACCCUGGUUGUAAGAAACUUACAUUAUAAGGUGAACGAGGACAAACUACAUCAGUAUUUCAAGAAAGCUGUUGCCAUAAGGAUACCAACUUUCUCAGAUACCGGAAAGUCACGGGGGAAAGCAUUUGUUGAUUUCCGAGAUGUAGAAGAUGCAAAAGAGGCCGUGAAAGCAAUGCAUGGUUUGUUUAUAGAAGGUCGGCAGAUUUAUCUGGAGUUUACACCUGAAAGUGGAAAAGCCGAAGGAUUAACGGGUGAUGUUAGCGAAAGAAGAAAAGUUAAAAAAGCAAAGCGAGUGAGAAAGGAAUUUUCAGAAAAUAAAUUUGAGGAUGAUUCAGAUUAACUGAGGAAAAAAAGAAACAUUUUUUUAUUAAAAACAAUACGAAGAUGAGAAACAUUGAUUUACAAAGAAACAUUGUGUUGCUAAGAAACAUUGUGUUACUAAGAAACAUUGUGUUAUUAAGAAACAUUUUUAUGAAGAAUCUUUGUGUUAUUAAGAAAUUUGUGUUUCUAUUAGUAAGUGCAGGGGGACUGCACCACACAUAAUUUACACAAUAUAUCCAGACAAGAAAUAUUACGCAGAUCUCAAAAACAAAUGCACAAUUCGAAUAAAGUGAAUGGAUCCGGGGGCUAGCCGUAAGCGUCCAUAGAAAUAUUGUGUUACAAAUAUAUACUAUUCAAAAAAAGUAGGGGAUAUUUGAUUUUUAAGUGUUAUUAAAGUCACCUAAUGAAACUGACGAAGAAACAAAUGACAAAAUGAAAUGAAGUUCACAUUCAUCGAUUUAUUCCAAAUGAUCGUUAGAGUAAGUAAGGCACAGACUGACCAUUAUAAGGGUAAAAUGAUACCCGGGGUCAAACAGCAAAGUUACCACAGCAUCACAACCAAGUCAGUAACGGGUAAAUCCUCCUCUGUUUGCCAAACAAGCAUUGAUCCGACGUGGCAUACUCCUAAUGAGACGUCUAAGGUCAUUUUGGUCCAGAUUGUCCCAUUCCUGUUGCAACGCAGCAGCAAGUUCUUGGACAUUGGCAGGACGUUGUUGACGUUGACGUAACCUCUGGCCAAGCAUGUCCCAGACAUGCUCGAUGGGGGAGAGGUCGGGACUCAGUGCUGGCCAAGGUAAUGUGGUGAUGUUCUGUUGUUGGAGGUAACCUGUAACGAUCCUGGCCCUGUGACAUCUUGCGUUGUCAUCCUGGAAGAUGAAACGGCGACCAUGACGUCGUGCGAACGGCACAACAUGGACUGCCAAGAUGUUGUCCCGGUAGUACUGGCCUGUAACACGCCCUGCAACAACAUGUAAAGCCGUUCUUCCAGCAACAGUGAUGCCUCCCCACACCAUAACAGAACCACCCCCAAAUCGAUCAUGUCUGAUGACGUUAACGUCUUGGAAGCGCUCGUUUCGACGACGCCACACCCUCCUACGUCUGUCCAAAAAAUCAACAGUGAACCUUGACUCAUCUGAAAACAUCACAUUGCUCCAGCGUCGAUUAUCCCAGUGUUGACGAUCCCUACACCAACGACGUCUUGCCUGAAUGUGAUGAUCUCUCAAACAAGGGAUCACGCGAGGACGUCGGGCGCGAAGGUGACCCCUAUGCAGUCGAUUCCGAAUCGUCUGGCCACUCACUCUCACACCAGUGUCUGUUUGAAGACGAGCGCUGAUCUGAUUUGCUGUGAUGACACGAUUUCUCAAGGCCAAGGUACGGAUAAAUCGAUCCUGGGCUUGAGUUGUUGCCCUUGGUCGACCUGAGCGUGGUCUGUCCUGUACAGAUUGUGUAUCACGGUAUCUGGACCAUAGCCUGCUUAUGACAGACUGAGAAACAUUCAUCGUCCGCGCCACAACCGCCUGUGUUGUGCCGAUCUGUAGCAUGCCAAGGGCACGUAACCUUUCAUUUUGGGUAAGCCGACGCAUAUCAAAAUUUGUUUUCUGGUCACUAAAACAAUUAAACUGAUGUUUCCACCCUGGAAUUCAAUGCCACAAUGACUGUAACAUUCAAAGUCAGAGUCGUGCAAAUCUUGGGUUGGACCCCCAUGAUGAUCCCAAGCAUCACCUGCAUUCCAUGCGGUAGCUAUUGGUGCGUUUGGGCGUCACAUGUAACUGGAAAUGUUUCUUCUGUUAGGUUCUAUAGUGACUUUUUUCGUAGUCAUUUGCAUAUUUUAGUAUUAUGCCCCCAAAAUCAAAUAUCCCCUACUUUUUUUGAAUAGUAUAAUAUGUUCGUCGAUCCAUUAUAUCACGGAACUCAAACCUUUAUUAUGUAAAUAUAGAUGGACCUGGAGCAUUAUUCACAAAUAUUAAACUAUGGACCCCUAUAAUUGGCUAAAAGCUUAAGUUUGCACCUGGAUUUUAACCAAUGAAUUAGGACCUGUAGACCUAGGGCCUGUUUCAUGAAAUUUGAUUGGAUAAUAUUAGAUUGAUUUUAGUGCUUAGCCAAUAAAAAUUGAAGUAUCUACUAAAAUUUGGAUUUAUCUUUAGUUAAGAUUUCGAGAAACGGGGCCCUGUACUGUUUGUUAAUGAUCUUUAUAAAACGAAGAUCAUGGGUGUGUUGAUUUUCAUCAAACUGCUAUAUUUCAUUGUUCCUGGUUUCAAAUAUCGUCAUAGCAACUGUGAAAUAAGAUAUCUUAAGGUAAUUCUGAAAUACAAUAUUUGGUAUGUGACAGUUCUGCUUGCUCUUGUCUACCCUGACAUAGAAAGGUGCCUAAUCAUUCAGAUGGGACGAAAAAAACCUGAAGUCAAUACAUGUAUACAAUGGUGUUGAUGUGAAAGAACCUUUGGCAGUUGGAAUUUGUAACACCGCUGCCUAGGUUAAAUUUUCAGUUACCAUAGAAAUGCAAAUAACUAUGUGUUAGUCUCAGAUGACCAAAGUAUUGUGUUGACCUAAGAUUUAACCCCAUCUCAUUUGUCCAUAUUUUUGUCUUAGCUUUUGUUGGUCUAUCAGGCCUGUCCAAACUUGUGGGUUUUCUCCGGGUCCUUCUGUUUCCUCUAACUGCUAAAGACCCCUACACGCAAAGCAAAUUAUUGAAAUAAAAUUGAACCAAAUGUUAGUCCCUAAAUGACCUAGUUUGUGUCGUGUGGAUGUUAAACCCAUUUCUUUCUUUCUCUUUCUUUGUAGGUCUGUCAUCAUUUAAAGUUGCUCAUAAUAUAUCUAAUUAUAAACAUUGUGUAUCAAAUUUAAGAUAUGAUGUAUACUGAUUCUGAUAUUGAGUUUGAAAUAUUGUAUCGUAUAUUGAGUUUGAAAUAUCAUACAUUUAGUUUAAAAUGUCAUAUUGAGUUUGAAAUAUCGUAUAUCGAGUUAAGAAUAUCAUAUAUUGAGUUUGAAAUAUCGUGUAUUGAGCUAACAAUAUCAUAUGUUGGGUUUAAAAUACUGUAUAUUGAGUGAGAAAUACUGUAUAUUCAAGUAUAUUGAGCUUAAAAUACUGUAACUAUAUUGAAAAAAUGUACAUUGAGUUUAAAAUACUGCAUAUUAUUGAGUUACCAAUAUCGUAUAUUGAGUUUUAGAUACUGUAUAUUGAGUUUUAGAUACUGUAUAUUGAGUUUUAGAUACUGUAUAUUGAGUUAACUAUAUCGCAUAUCAAUACUGUAUAUUGAGUUAUCAAAUUGUAAACCAUGUUCAGAUUAUGAAAAAGAAUUAAGACAUUAAAAUAAAUCACAACUUAAAAU